AUGCUGAAAAAUAACCAAAGGAAGUCAAACAAAUUCAUCCUUAUCUCGUUCAUUUUAAUUUCCUUCCUCGUCCAAAUGAACCAGUGCAUGGUGGCCAAGUGUCACCUCCCUCACGUGAUAAAUAUGUCCGCAAAAAUGGGAGGCGAGACGGAAAUUUCAAAGCCGCGUUCAAGGGGGGGUAAAAACGGAAAGUCCUUCUCCCCCCAGUGGGAGGACCAAAAAGGAAGAGAAAAGACAAAACGGGCUUUAACCUUCGUGAGGAUGAUGAGCACCUCGGCUAGUGAUAUCCAUCGCGGAGUCAACACAGAAGGGGCACUGAUCACCAGCUCCGCCGAAAUGAUGCAACACCUGACGUUUAACUUUGAAGAAGAAUGCAACGAAAUUAUGGUGAGGUUGGGAAAUUUCCUACAAGUAUCUCCCCAUCUGUUAUUUAAAGAUGUCUGUGUAAACCUGAACAAACUAUUCACAAACCUGUACACAUAUGACCAUGAGAACAUCCCAUUCGCGACAACACAACAUACAUUAAAUGUAACAGAUGAUGUUAUCAGACAUAAUAAGUUCAAAAUUUAUUGUGUCCUAGGAUUAAAGGUAUUGAGAAUUUUUCUCAUCAAAUAUUUGAGGAGCUUAAAAUUAUGCAUCCCUGUGGAAGUAAGAAAAAGAUACAUUCUUGAUUUUUUAAAAAUUGAAUAUCUAUCCAAAAUAUAUGACCCAAAAUAUAACCUAAUUAAAUACUCCACAUUUGAGCAACUAUCAGAGAAACUGAAAGCCAAGCUGAUGUAUUUUUAUUUAGCUUUAAAACCACAAGACNUUUCUAAUGUGUUAAUAAAAAUUUUUAAAGCAGCCAAUUAUAAGGAUGAGAAUGAACUACUGUAUAGGUACGUUUAUACCUCUAGGUUUACCUCCAGGGGGGGAAAAAGAUUUCAUCGAAUUUUAUCCAAGGAGUAUCUUCAACUGUAUGAGAAAGAUAAACUGGUGAAGAGACACCCUUGUGAGGAUGACUUAUUGUGGGUUCGAUUUUUUUAUCUUCUCAAGUUGCAUAACCCUGAGGUGGUAGAAGAAAAGAAACUCCUGAAGCAGACCUACCGCCUCAUCUUCAGCAAAAUGGGCUUCUCAAAUGAUGAGCUUGUCCGUCUCUUUGAGAAACGUGGCUUUCGCAUAUUUGAUGCGCUUCCCAUGGAGGAGAACCAGGCAGACAUCCCGCAGAACUCCCACACCACACCAAGUAAGACAAGCACAGCAAGCAUUCCCGAUGCACCCAUCACGCGGACCACUCGGGAGAAAGUCCAAAUAGGAGGUAAGAGAAAGGCACAACUGGUUAGCUACCUCGGUAACCUCAAAACGUUUGUCUCCAACUAUAUUCGCUGGAGUAAGAGCAUACACCACAACUUUCACUUGCUGAAGACCAAUGUGGACGUUCCUAAGGACGCCCUUCACGAUGACGCGGUGACUCCACGCACGAACGUGUUUCACGCUGCCGAGUGUAGCGGUUUAGAUGGGAGCGGCUCCUCUUCGUCCCCCCCGGGGGACGUGGAACUGUACUGCGAAACUGUUGUGAACAAUACGAUCGAUUUGGUCCUGGACAUAAUGAUCGAGGCCGCAGGGUUCCGCGACAUGGCGACCCUCUUUGGCAUAUACAACUCGCUCAAGGGCAGCAGGGACUUCAAGUUGGUUCACUUCAGGGGGAAAUUCUGA